AUGAGGGUCUUCCUCGUGCUUGCGGCACACCUGCUGCCCUAUGCAGCAUGCGCAUGUGUACCCGACUUUGCCGAUAAGCUGCUGUCUGACCCCCAAGUAAUCCAACAUCCAGCAGUAAUCGCGGCAUUUGAGCAAGUUCAGUGGAAUCUCUCGACUUUGUACACCAACACUACACGCGAUGGACAUAGUUUUGCUGUUGUUCACGCAUCGAGCCCGAGGCCGGCGUACACGUUCAAUAACGGAACGCUGAAGUUCAAUGAGACUGAUCUUAACCCGACUGAAGCAAAUAAAGUGACAAGCGACUCAGUCUUCCGUCUGAUGUCCGUUUCUAAGAACAUCGCGAUGGCAUCCGCUCUAGUGAUCGAAAAUCAGCUCAGACGCAACUCGUCUUCAUCUUCCUCUCUCCUGACCAUUGACACACCCGUUCGCCAACUGCUUCCUUUGUUUGCUCUUCCAAAGAAAGACUGGAACAACGGCGGUAGCGAGAUCACACUGCGUAUGCUUGCGAGUCAUACAGCAGGGAUACCGAGAGAAAGCUACAGUACUGGCUUCAACAUGAUUCUCAGCAUUGGAAAAGCGGAUGCACCAACAAUUGGAGCGGUAUGGGCAGGCCAGAGCGCGGGAGAUGUGAUCGAUGGGAUAGCUACAAGGAAUUUGAUGUUCGCACCAGGGCAGAGGGCGGCUUACUCAAACGCUGGACUGGGCCUCCUAGGUGCCGCCGUGGCUACAUACUUCAACAACGUCACUUCCUCAUCCCUCACCUGGUCUGAGCUUGCGACCCAAAAACUUCUUUUGCGUCUGAACAUGUCGCAUAGCUUCUUUGGCGCCAUUCCGCAGAACCUCAUUCCAGACAUUGGUGUACCAGGUGGCGACAACUGGGCUGAUCUGAUUGUAGGCGAGGGCUACGAUCCGGCAGCUGGCAUGUGGAGCUCUGCAAACGAUCUCGCCAGCUACAUUUACAACCUAUGGCUCACUCCCGAACCCACGCUUAUCACGCCCUUCCAGCGUCGCCAGGUCAUGAAGCCAAGCGUCAUACUUCCAGACGGCAAACAGCAAAGCGGCCCAGGCUGGGAGAUCGAGAUUCUGACCUUACCAACGAGUGAGAAUGCUAGUCUAGCACAAGAAAGUACAAAGACAUAUAGUAUUUUCGGGAAGUCUGGCGAUGGUGGGGGUUGGCAUAGCUGGAUCGACACUAUUCCAAAUCUUGGAUAUGGAAUCAUCGUAUUGGCGCAACAGUCCGGGCUGGCCGACUAUGCGGGCAUUUCGACAAGCAUGAUCAGAGCAACUGUACAUGAUAUUCUUGCGCCUGCUUUCGCGAAAGCGUUGAGUGAAAGAACAAAGGAGCGAUACGCUGGGUUCUACAACGCUGGCGAGGACACUGGACUAAUCGCUGAUCAAGUAGCCACUGCCCUCUCGAACUCUUCCUCGACGUAUGCGGAUCUCGUAGUUCAAGACCAGAUCCUGUACCUCCGCUCUUUGACUGUGAACGGUUCAUCAGCGCUUGAGGCUAUAGACCGUCUGUCCUGGACCGCCGAUGCACAGCCACGCUACUUCUCCACUCCUCAAGGCGUUGUUUUAGAACCUGCUGAAGGCGUAGGCGAGACACAAGAAUUCGGGCCUGGAGCACAAGUGUGGAGAAUGAUCUUCCCCGGAUUGGAGACGUGCGAUUGGUUUGACUUCGAUGGUUAUCAAGACAGUAAUGGAUGGCCUGUAAGUAAGGUCGUACUACUCGAAACCGAUACAGGAGUCGAACUACAUUACCCGCCAUUCGACAUUGUGCACAACUCAGCUUCUCAGAUUGAGAGGUGCUUCGAUAUGGAUGCUGCUACCGCCCGCGCUCGGGCUGUAGUUGAGAAUUUCCACAGGAAUGUAGUUGAAACAGAAAGGCAGCGGCGUGAGCUCCAGAAGAAGGAGAGCGAGCAGCAAUUCUACGACAUGUACAGCCCAUGCAAUCCUUCGUCAACGUUCCACGACCUGCAGUGUGGCCAUCGGAUACAGACUGAAUACACUGCAAGCUGUGGUGUGACCUGUCUGCGCCUCAUGCAAGGCCAACCGUUCACCUGCCCGACUUGUCUAAUCAAUGUAGUGCGUGCGGAGGUAGCCCUAGACAGUCUUACUCUUGGAUCCAGUAAUGACACCGCCAUGGAGGAUACCGAGCCGACUGAGGACAGGAUACAGCACUUCGCCAAUAAGUACGUCGCAGAGAUGCUGAGAAAAGGUUAUCGCGGUUGUAAAGCAGCCUCGAAGAUCGACGAACCUCGUAUGCAGUUCUUCGACCAGUUCAUGCGACAAGAUGGCUUUGGAGGAGUGGAGGAUGUGCUUUCUGAUGAGAAGGCAACGAAGCCCCGAAAACGCCCCGGUACGGCAGUCCAUAAAAACCUAGCUAAGGUGAACAAGUCAUAUCGAAAGCAGCCUGGCAGAUGGGAUUAUCGUGAUCCGACUUCAAGCGAUGCAGGCUCUAGAGCCGUAGCGCGCAAAUUUUCAGGUGACAAUGAGGCAGAGGAUACCGACAUAAGCCAAGGAAUAGUAGAUGAAGCUAUGGGGGAAGUACGUUCGGAACAGUCCGAUAAUGCUGGUGUUGAUCUUGUUCCGCAAAAAGAAGCAACCGAGGCUGUGCGAAAGGCCAUGGAGGCGUUUGCUUUGCUUUCGACAUAG